AUGCUGUUUUACACAUCCAAUUUACGCAUUGAGUACGUGCCGCUUGACCAAAUCCGCCGGCCAAUCCCGCCGGUGCUUGACACCAGCAAGAUCGACGCCAUGGAGUCUACGCUCAAAGGCACGCCCCAAGCGCUGGCUACGUGCUCUCUUGAAGAUGCGGUGGCAGGCGAACUUCCGCCAGUGGACGUGUUCAAAGUGAGACACAAAGGUCAGACCCUGUACUUUGCCUUUGGUGGAUGUCACCGUCUACAGGCGUAUGACCGGCUCGGACCCGAUACUGAAGUGCGGUGUAAGAUACUUCCAGCGACGAAAGACACGUUAAGGCUUUAUUUGGGUAGUUCCGUGGACACGUUGUUUGAGUAA